GGCAGCGGCGGCUCCGGCAAGUGGGGGAUCCCGAGCGGUCCCGGGAGAGCUGAGAAGAGAACAGCCACCCGGUUCCAGGAACCGUCCCAUCCGUCCCAGGGCCAGGCCGCUGUGGGGUUACGCCUGGGAGCUCAAGGUGCGCUGCCUACGCAUCUACCACGGGCAGCAGGGAGCGGGCAGGGUAACGGCGGCGCCCGGGAUACCCGGUGCGGGCUGCCCCCACCGGGCUCCCAUUGGCCGCGGGGCGGGACGUGCCUCCGCUCCGGCCCUAUAUCAGGGCAAUAUUACCCCGUCGGGGGUGGGGGUAGGUGUGGUGCUGUCCGCGCAGGCAUGGACUUGGGUUUUUUCCCCAUCGUCCUCCCGUCCGGGCUGUGUCACGGGACCCCGCCGCUCCCCUACUCCCGGCGAGGGCUCGACGCCUUCCCAGCGCUGAGCACCGCGGCCAGCUCUGCGCAUCCUCCGUCGGCUGCUGGCGUGGGGGCGGCGGGCUACGCGGCCGUCCCGGCCGCCAACUGUCAGCAGCCCCCCGGGGCCGCGUGUCCGGGUGAGGCUCCGCCGCGUCCCGCCGCGUCCCCCUGCACCGGGAGCGGCCGCCCGACGUCGCCGGAGCCCGAACGGGCAUUCUCCUGCUGUCCGACCCCGGGGGCGGCUCCGGCCAAGCCCCGCGCCUUCGAAUGGAUGCGGAUGAAGCGGAGCACGCCCGGCAGAAGCGACGCGGCACCCCCCGCCUUCUCCCUGCGCACCAGUUUCAGCACCCGGCAGCUCACGGAGCUAGAGAAGGAGUUUCACUUCAGCCGCUACCUGUCGCGGGCCCGUCGCCUCGAGGUGGCCCGCUCGCUGCGCCUCCGCGACGCCCAGGUGAAGGUGUGGUUCCAGAAUCGCCGCAUGAAGCAGAAGAAGCGCGAGCGGGAGGCGCUGCCCGACCCCACCGCAGCGCCCCGCGCAGCCCCGGGCGACACCGCCUGAGCCCGUCGCCACGGCGCGCUGCGAGGAUGCCGCGAGCGGCUCCGCGCUCCUCUUCGCUCCGCCGCUGCUUUACUCCCUUUGUAUUGAUGAGGAUGAUCGGGGAGAGCUGUCGCUCCGAAGCGCCGCCGCUCAACUUCGUCGUUUUGCGAGGGGACGAAAGAGCCAGAGGAGAGCCUCGUAGAGCCGCACCGCGGGGUCGACUCGGAGCUGGGGGCGGGCAGGACCGCAGCCCCCGGCCUGGGCUCCCUAGGGCCGCCCCCAUCUGGGGCCAUAGCGCUGCCCCGCCGCCUCCCCGAGCCGUGUCCGGUGCCUCGGCCGGGUCGGGGAGCAGCGGGGUCCGGGCCCGCUCACAGCCGUCGGGGCGGGGGUGUCGGGCAGAGGAGGAGCAGAAACCCCAGCGGGGCAAAGCAGAACAGGACAAUGCUCCCCUCGCAAGAAAAGAGACGAUGUAUACCAUUAGCAAGUGUAGCAGAAAUCCCUUUUUAGAAAAGUACCCUCGUCUUCCUCCCUUCCUGUGCAAAAUUGCUAUAAAGAGAGCUUACUUGUACUCAUCCCUCACUUGUUCCCCUCCCCUUUCGUGAUGUGGCUGAUUUAGUCUGAAAAAAUCUGUGAAGGAAACCUUGAACAAACAGUCCAUCAGGAGAAAGGCUGCCCUACGUGCCCUCUGCAGGGCCAGUGCCCACUCCGCUGCCUCCCAGUGUGUGGGCAAGGACAGUGUAGAGUCUCUCAUAGCACGGGGGCUCUCCUAGGCUUUACUCUAUCUAAUGUUUAAAGAAAAGUACCAUAUUAAGCCAGUUUGCUAAGAGCUGUUAAAGAGCAUAAAGAUGUUUGGGUUUGACUGCAGACCUCUGUCAGUGAGACCAUGCGAGUUCCUGGGUCUCUCCCCUCCCAGAGAACCAGUUCUAAAGCAGUGACAACCCCAGCUACUCCACUGAAGUGCAACACUCACCAGCAAUCCUCACUUCCCCAGAUUCCAUCUUUUCCAGAGGUAAAACAAUGGUAUCAAAGUGGACAGAGAAGCUGGAUUCAGAGGUUUUUCUGGACCUGACUGAUGACUGGGAAUGUAUAAAUGGCAGCACAGAUAGGGAGGCCACCCGGAUUUAGGGGACGAAAGAGCUGGCAGUUUGCUUUGGAUUUCACUCAGGUGAAAGAAAAACAUAGCACUGGGAGAGGGAUCUCCAGGACCUGGAAGCGUGGAUCCACACCUGGAAAGCAGCCCCUGCUACCAACAGCUGCUGAGAUCUAGUCACACACCAUACCCUGGGCAGAGGCUCAUGGCCUUGCUCGCACACAGAGACUUUCAGGUUUCGUGCACAGUGUUACAGCUCACUUCCAAAGAGCUGAUGCACUUCACGAGUUAAAAAACGAAACAACAUAAAUUCCCAGGGUGGAGCUGCUUAUAUGAAAUUUGUACGAAAAUACAAACAUCCAAAAUAAGGGGUGGGCAGUUCCUUGUUAAAGCGCUGACCCCAAACAAGCUUUCAUUCUCCUUAUCAUUUAUUAAAGAACAGAAAAUAGUAUUUCUGCCAACUGUUUUUGAGGAGAGGCUAUUUAGAAUAAAGCAAGAUGUGGAAAGAUUCAUAGAAAUUACUUUUCAUGUGAUUAUUAAAAGCAAAUCAAUUG